AAAACCCCAAUUAAACCUCUAGUUCUCUUCUUCUUGGCACUCACAUUAACCUCUGAUUGACUUCUGAUAUCAAAAUCUGAUGCGAAUUUCCUUUUUGACUUGUCGACUCGUUAGACUGAACGAAUCAGUAACAAUAAGUUGAUUUUGUUGAAGUUUUGUCACCAUGGCUCCCUAUGGUAAGCCGGCUGAGAAAUCUCGCAGAGUGCAAAGAAAAGAAGCUCGGUCAGCAAAGAAGAAAAAGAAGUUUGAUUCAUGGAUCCAGCAUCAACAAACUCGCAAAUUGAAGAAAGCUUCUUCACGUUCAAAGUCAAAGAAAGGGAAGAAAUCUCAAAAUUCGUUUGCUCAAAUUUUAAAAGAGAAGGAUGAUUUGAUGACACAUCCCAACUAUGGAACAGAUUACAGGUUGGAACAACCUACCUCACUGAAGAACUCCGAGGCUAAAUUGGAUUCUUCUGAAUUUCCUGAUUCUACUGAGCUGAAGAUCAUCAAGAGGAAGAAAGGUUUAGAGAAACGUAAGAAAAUUGAAUCAUUAGGGCAAGAUCUGAAAGGUGAAAUGGCUGGUGACCAAGUGGUUGGAUUAUCUGAGCCAAUCGGAACUUUUGAUGAGAGAGAUUGUGGCACUGAGAAGCCCCAAAAGCUGAAGAAAUCUAAGAACAAGUUUGAUUCUUUAAAAGAUCCUAAUUCUACCGCAUCUAAGACGGUUAAAAGAAAGAAAACAAAUUUUGAAGAAUAUCUUGAAAUGGACAUGCAGGAAGGUGUUGUUUCUGUUGAGGAGGAUUUGAAGUUGGAGAGGAAGCUUGCAAAGAAACUCAAGGUGAAGGAGGGUAAAUUAGGGGGAGCAGAUGACGGAAUCAAUAUAUUUUUUGAAGGAAUUCCAUCUAUUCUUGAUUUUUCUGAGGAUGAACUCAAGCCAGGUGCUGAAGAAGCUGCCCAGGAAAGCCUUGAGAAGAGCUCUUCACGUAAGAAGCGUAAAAAGAUGAAAUCAUUGGAGCAAGAAUCAGAAGUUGAGAUUGUAGGCGACACGCCCACUGGAGUAUCUGAACCAGUGAAAACUUUUGGUGCUGAUGCAGCAAUGGAUGGAGUUCCUGCCAAAGCACCUGGACUAGUGGCAACGGCAAUGUAUGUAGCUCCUCAUUUGAGAUCUCGUUGUGGAGGUGAAUCAGAAGAGGUCUCCCAAAUUCGUAGGCGUGUACGAGGUCUUCUAAAUAAGCUGUCUGAAUCUAAUGUGGAAUCUAUUGCAGGGGAAAUAUCCUCGAUCUUCCGUUCUGUUGGUCGCAGUGUUGGUUCUCAGAUUGUCAGUGAAGAGGUUUUGGGAUCGUGUUCUGGAGGUCCUCGUGGCAAUGAACAGUAUGCUGCUGUUUUUGCAGCUUUUGUUGCAGGCAUGGCUUGUUUGGUUGGGAUUGACUUUGGUGCAAAGCUUCUUGCUUCUCUUGCUAAAUGUUUUGAGGAUGAGUUCCGAGAAGAAGACAAUCUUUCCUUGCGGAAUUUGACUCUUCUACUCUCCUAUUUAUACAUUUUCGGAGUUUGCUCAAGUGAGUUGAUAUACGACUUCAUGAUUAUCCUGAGCAAGCGGUUGACAGAGAUAGAUGUUUCAACAAUCUUGACUAUUCUACAAUGUUGUGGGAUGAAACUAAGGGGUGAUGAUCCUACUGCAAUGAAAAAUUUCAUUCAGAGUGUUCAGAAUAGGGUAAAUGAACUGAAGGCCUCCUCAGGAAACGACCAAGAACGUUUGACAAGCAGAAGAAUGGAGUUCAUGCUUGAAACCAUAUUUGAUAUCAAGAACAACAAGAAAAGGCCAAAAGAUGAUACUGAACAGCAUACACGGAUAAAGAAAUGGCUGCAGAAGUUAAGAGUGGUAGAUGUUUUAAUUCGAGGACUCAAAUGGAGUAAGCUUCUAAAUCCUGACAAGAAGGGCCAAUGGUGGUUAUCUGGGGAUACUACUUCCAUGACAGACGAUGUUGAAGAGGUUGCCAGCACCAUUGACAGGGAGACCCUUGAAGCCCAGAAAAUGCUGCAGCUUGCUGCUGCACAAAGGAUGAACACAGAUGCCAGAAAGGCAAUCUUUUGUGUAAUAAUGAGUGCGGAGGACUACAUUGAUGCAUUUGAGAAAAUUCUAAGGUUGGAUUUGCAAGGCAAACAGGAUAGAGAGAUCAUGCGAGUUCUGGUAGAGUGCUGUUUACAAGAGAAAGUGUAUAAUAAGUAUUACUCUGUUCUGGCUACUAAAUUAUGCAGCCAUGACAAAAACCAUAAGUUCACUUUACAGUAUUGCCUAUGGGACCACUUCAAAGAGCUAGAGUCAAUGCAGCUGAUCAGAUCAAUGCACCUAUCAAAAUUUGUUGCAGAGAUGGUGUCUUCUUUUACCCUGUCUAUUUCUUUCUUGAAGGUCAUUGAACUAGGUGACACCAUGCAGCUAAGUCCCAAAAGAAUUAUGCAUUUCCGCAUGCUAUUUGAGGCCAUCUUUGAGCAUUCUGAUAGUCUCAUUUGGAACAUAUUCACGCGUAUAGCUGUCACUCCUGAGUAUGAAUCACUUAGAAGUGGAAUCGAGUUUUUCAUCAAAAAGUAUGUUGUGAGUGGUGAAGAAUCCCUUGAAAAGAAGUUCAAGGUUGCAAAGAAAGCCCUCAAUAAUCUUAAAAGAGUGGUUAUGUGAGUUUAAUAGUUACAUUCUAGUCAGUGCUGUAACUUGUGAUCCAAAUUUUUUUAUUUAAAUCAUGUAAUUGUAGAUAUUCAUGUGCUGAUGUGCUUACUUGUUCAGCUUCCUCUUUGGUAUUAUCUUUAAAAAAUACUAUGGAGGUCAAAAAUAUAUUCGUUUAUGGUAUUGGUAGUUUCUAAUGAAAUAUACGCAUUUUGGAUCGUUCAGAGUUGA